UUACGUUGUUGCCAAUAUAACAAAAAUCACGAUUUCGGAUUUCGGCUACCGUUUUCUCUGUGUGUUGGUAAAAAUGGGUGCUGUGUUGCUGUGCAUUGUUGGAACAAAAUUUUUAUAAAAUGGCUGGUUAUCAUGCAAAAAUCAUAUGUAAUUUGUGAUCCUCAUUUUAAUAACGUGUAGCUUUUAUUAAUUUUGUAUGUUGUAUCGUUAAGUGCGUACUUUAUAUACGUUUUUCUCGAUAUAGAUGUGGCCUAGAUGAGUUGUGUAAUGUAGAGUUUCGAUAGCUAAUAGACUGCUAGCGAUAAGAACAUCUAAUGUUUUUAGUUUGAAAGCUGAAACUAAUAGUUGGAUAUAUUUUUCAAGCACGUGAAUAUUCCAGUAUUUUAAUAAUAGUACGGCAUGCAAGCGAUGGAAAAAAUUCCAUUAAAAAAUGAACCGUCAUCCGAAACCACACAUUCAACAAAACUCCAUCAGACGCCCGACGUAUGUUUCGUCUGCGGAAACCGAAAUCAACCUUAUAUUUAUUAUUUGAACACCAGACCAGUGCAAGACAAGCCGAAAGAACCUUACUUUCCGUUCCUGGAAUCCCACGAACCUCCCGUCGGACAUAUAUCCAAAAACGAAUAUUCAGUUCCUGCUUGUUACCUCUGCUAUAAAUUGCUGCUGGAACAAUGGGAUGCUCACGAGAUGACCUCUAGGCCGCACGCUGAGCGGCUGUAUUGGCUGAAAAGAGUAGACAACGGUCCGUAUACUGGAGCAGAUAUGGGAAUGCAAGGGGAAUACGCCGCCCACGUCCUAGGUUUAAACAACGAAGGCAUGCCGGCCAUACCUCCGCCCCAAAGAAGCGUUGCUGUAAAGGAAGAAGUUAAACCCAAAGUCAGCGUAAAACCAUCACCGAUACCUGUAUCAUCGACACCUCGGAGUGAUAUCGACACGACAUCGGAAAGCGCUCUAGACCUCACCCAUCCAAAUCCUAUUCCUUCAUCUGUCGUUCAAUCUAUACCUGUCUACGCUCACAGUCAAAAUUCCAACUCUUCAACAGGCACGGAUAUUCUGGAUCUGAGCAUGCCCGACAAGAACUCGAUGACCGAAGUGUGUUACGUAUGCGGAGACGAAUUCAAGAAGGGCAGUCUCGAUUUCGUGGCUUCCAAGAAGGAUUUCGAUUCUCCAUUGAAGCCGUUUUUUCCUAGUUUAAUUGAACAUCCACGGCCUAGCAGAAGUCGACCGAUUGAUUCAGCGGGAAGGGUUCAAGCUUGCUAUGACUGUCAACAACAUCUGCUUAAACAGUGGCAUGCUUUUCAGUCGCAAGGUCUGCCCCACAUAGAACGAAACUACACGUUAAGAAAAAGGCAGAGUUCUACAUUAGACACCACUACUUUCAUAUGUUAUACAUGUUCGCUUGAAUAUCCUUCCAGCAGUAUCCGUCUUCUAUAUUGUUGUCAAAAUUUGGAAAAGGAGCCGUAUUUUCCUUUCAUUCAGACUCUGAAGGCGCCUCCUGGAGCAAGUCCUAUCAGUCCGCAAGGGAUGGUGCAAGUGUGUUCGAUUUGCUACAAGUCAAUUCCACAUAAACAUCAAGUAUUCGGUGGUGAUCCGGCGGCCAUAACAGGAAACCAUAUGUCCGUCAAUGACAUCUUAUUACACAAUAGUAAUUCUUCUAGGCCCAGUACUGUCAAAUCACCGGCUAAUAGCGCAGGAUCUGAUAUUAGGUAUAAACCGUACGAUAUCAAUUCCUCACCUUCCAUGGCUAACAAGAAAAAACAGGCUAUAUUAGACAACAGACAAAAUUUAAAACCGAUAAUGUCAACACGCACUACAUCUCCUUCCCCAGAUCUAAAUGGUCAACCCGGCAAUCAAAAUUAUCGUUGCUACAUUUGUAUGGGCUUGUAUACUAGAAACCAAAUGGAAUGGGUUAGUACUUCUGCAGAGGGUAUGAACUCGCAUGCAAUGCACUUUCCUUGUUUAAAUAAAGUAUCAAGAAAUUCGGAGAAUAGUUGUAUGGAUUCUCACGGAAGAGUUUUGAGUUGUACUAAAUGCGUUAAGCAUUUGGCUCAACAGUGGGAGACUUUCGAAGUUGACAGGGUUCCGCUGGAAAGACGAAGGUACGACAUUCCUAUGCCAGAAACGGCGACGAAUGGCGAGCAGGGCAUCCCUACACCGCCUAGCACGAACAGUGAUAGAACUGUUUGUAGUAAUAGCAAUGCCAAUGCCGCUUUGGGAAGUAGCAUAUAUUGCUUUGUGUGUGGUUUACAUUCAGAAUUAACUCUGGCUAGAGUUUUAUAUAGUAAACCUCAGGGUCGCAAUGCUCCUUAUUUUCCAUCUUUAUUGAUACAUAAAAGCCACUCAAAUGCAGAACAGUUACGAGAAGACGGAUCUGCCUUAGUUUGUACCUUCUGUUACCACAGUCUCGUCAGUCAAUGGAGAAAGUACGAAGGUCAAGGUGCGGCUGCACCGGCCGAAAAAAGAGAAUAUAAUACUCAUGAUUACUGCUGCUACGUGUGCGGCAUCACGACUUAUAGGAAGAGAGUGCGGGCUUUACUUAUUAAGGAUUUUCCGUUUUUGAAAUUCCAUCCGCAGCCCGAACACUCCCUGCUGUUAGAAAACAGCGACUACGCCGUCGUAUGCCUCGAUUGCUACGAAACGCUUAGAACUCAAAGUUUAGAAUAUGAAAGAUGGGGACUGCCGCUCGACAAACGACAGUACAACUGGAUAACCCAGCCGCCGCCUCCAGAAGAUAGUCCGGAAGCAAUGGUUGCCAGGUUACCGAGCGGCCAACGCAGUGACAAAGUAGUACCUCCAACGUUUGUAGCCAAACCAAAUAAAAGAAACCAUUCACCAAAAACUAUAGAAAAGAAAAUUGCAAAAUCUGAUAUACGACCUGGGGUAGCGAGCAGUCCGAAACUUUCUACGAAUAGUACUACGAAACCUCGAACGACUAGCGGACACGCGGUCUCCGGUCCCGGACCGGGUACUAACCCGAAUCAGUAUUCACAUUCGUUCGCCGCGGCAUUACGUAAUUUAGCUCAACAGACUGUUCCGAACACUAGUACCGCCUCUUCCGUCGAGCAGUCCGUCUCGUCCAUUAAUCAGACAAAUUCCUCCGAAACGCUAAGGAGAAAUCCAGGAGGUGUUCAAUUACCGGACAAAACAAAAGGAUUAGUAGAAGUGCCACCUUUUGCAUCACCCAGUAGUUCGAGCUUGCGCUCUUUUGAACCUCGUUUACCCACCAAUCACGUUGACCGUUAUCCUGCAAAUUCGUUACCGGAUCUUAACAGAAGUGGUUUUCAACCUUAUCGACCAGAAGAAAGAAUACCUCAUCCACAAGUAGGUAUAGAUAUGCAAGGCUACUCGCCUUAUAGCUUUCCAACCUUACCGACCUCAUUAAUAGAAGAACAAAUGUACUAUGAAAGACUGGGCGUUUUACGAUCACCAUGGCCUCCAAUUGGUCAUCCAUAUAUGCCUUAUAUGAUUCCAGGGGCCGGAAUGCCGUUAUAUGUGCAUGAAAGGUUAAAAAUGGAAGAAGAGCACCGGCGACUUUCUGCCUCCAGAAAAGAUGAAUACGUCGAGCGAGAACUCAUUGAAAGGGACCUUCAGAUGCAAAGAGAAAGGGAACAACGAGAAAAAGAGCGAGCCCAACGAGAACGAGAGAAAGCACAAUCUCGUAUACCUCCCCAUCUUACUGCCCCUCAUAUGUCGCCACAAGGACUGAUGCUUCCACUACUUCAUCCGAGUUCGAUGUUGCCACCUGCGCAACUAGGUCUGUCCCCAUCUACGAGGCAAUCACCGUUAGUAGGUUCCGCUUUUGUAGCCCCUCCGAAUCCGACCCAGGGAUAUACAAUACCCCGUUCGAGCCCUUCACUACAAAGACACUCUCCUAUGAAUUCAAAUUAUACGCUUAACCUUAGUCAACGUCAAAGCCCUGUGAUACAACCUUCAGGACCGAUGAUCAGUAGUAUGAAUCUUGCGCCUGUUGCUAGAAGCAACACUCCGACAAAGGGAUCCCCAAAACCAAGUACGCCUACACCAAAAUCCAAGAGUCCAUCGGUUAACGAAGCAAUUCUUCAUUUAAACGAAUCGGCCUCAGUAGCCAACACUCCUAUCAAUAGUAAUAAUAAAUUGGAUGUUAGUUCUGAUGUGAAAGCGACAGAACCGCCUCGGGAUGUAGGAGCCUUAAUGGCUAAGUAUCGUAACAUAUCUGACAUUAAUUCAGUUUUGUCAAAUCUUCGUCAUACAUCAAGUUCUUCGCUGUCAAGUGUGAGUGACACUGUUUUAGAUAGUGAUGAAUUUUCCAAUUUAUCGUCGACCGGUUUUUCUGAUACAUCUAGUUCUAAGACAUUAUUACCAAAAACUUCAAUUAGUAUAAGUGAAACAGUGGCAUAUGACGAGGCUUCUUCAAGUUCAUGUACCAGUUCAAAUUUCCAAGAAACAAACUUUUGUCCUGAAAUCCCGCCGAUUGAUGGUCAUCAGUCAACAGACACAGCCAGGAAGUCUAUGAUUACGUAUUUAAAAUCAGUAGAAAAAAUUAAUAUUUCCUCAGAUAAUGUGGACGAACCUGGUAUUGGUAAUUUAAAGAAGCUUACUCAUUUCAGUAUUGAAUCCAUUGUUGGAGAAACUAAUAAAACUGACUCACACGAUACAAUAGAUACACCAAAAAAAUUGCGUCUCAAUAACAAACAGAAAUUGGUUGAUAUGGAUAAUGUAAUAACCGCUAGUGUAGAUAAUAAUAAUAAGUCCUCUGACGUGGGUAAUAUAGAAGGUGUAGGCUAUAUUGAAAAUAAAAUUGAGAUAUCGCCAGAAGACGUCAUUGCUUCGACUAAUGUACUUAAUGUCAAUAACAACGACAUCUUGUUUCACGAUAAUACGGACGUGAAACUCGCUCUCGCUCCAAUAGCUGACGAGAAGGUACCCAACCAUUCCUGCAGUCCACAGUUGCCAGUACCAUCCCCAAAUUAUCCGGUGCAGUCCAGCACCGCGGUACCAGAUACUCACAGUUCUUUACCUCAAGCAACUAGUCAGAAACCCAAAAUAGUAGAAAGAGGUAGUACGUCGGAUAUAGGAACUGAUUCGACUUACAAAAAAUCAUCGAUACGUACUAUACGCCGUGAAAAGAAGAAAGAGUGUACUUUUACCGUACUGAAUAUACCAAAUGUACCUAUUAACACGAAGCCGAUCGCAGCUAAACGUCAAAGACUGAGUAAAAUUGAUUUGGCUGCGCUGAAAAGAAACAGAAAAAAGAAAAAGGAGAAUAAGAGAAUCAAGAAAAUUAAAAAUGAUAAAGUUUGUGUGGAAUAUGGUGUUACGAUUUAUGGGUAUUCCGAUUGGUCCGAUAGCGACAGUUCUUUUUUUAGUUCGGAUAGCGAAAAUGAAGAAACCGAGACAGAUCUUGUUAUUAAGAGCGGACCGCCUCUUCAGCUGGAUUCGCGUCCAGAGAAAAUGCAAUUUUUAAAAACACUCAACCUCACAACGCAUAGAAUGAAUAAUUUUUUAGAAUUACAAAAACUGGAGAGAAGGAAGUGGCUAGAUCCCAGUGUCAUCAUAGAAAAAACUGACGAUGAAAUAACAUCCUUGAAUCUUCCAGUGCCUUUAAAGUCGACGUUAACGUUAAACAUGCUGCAAAAUUACAAGGCCAAAAAGUGUUUCUUUCAGUUACUAGGGCUGAAGAUGAUGUCUGCAGAGGGAAAACAAACUUUGGAAAAGAACUGGACGGAAGUGGUGAAAGACCGGAUAAAGAGAAACUGCGAGUCCUCUGUCACAAAAUACACUGAAAAACUAACAAAAAAAUUGGCCUCUGUUAAAUCACACCAGGGUGAACAUAUGAUCGAUAACAAGAUCAAAGAUAACCCAAUUUUAAAGCUGCCCAUCGUUCACCAAUACAGAGUUAAUUCACUGCACAUCGAUAAAAAAGAAGACUGCAAAAACAUCGCGAUUAAUCAAGGCACUGGAAUAAGCUGCCUUCCUCUUUCUAUGAUAUUGGUACAGAAUCAAAAUUCUAUGAAGAAUGAGAAGUUGGAAAGUUCGAAGGAAAAUAUUUGGGUCGAGAAAGAAGAUUGCACCAAGUUUAAAUGGCCGGGAGUAUUGGAGUUAAUAGAAGCCUAUAAAAGGUUUUCAAAUGAGAGGGACGUUCAGAUCUUUCAAACGAAAAAGCAACAAACGUACCUGGCCGAAGAAAACCUGAAGAGGCAGCGCGAAGUGAAAUUCCUUGAAAAGAAACAGCGAGAGUUACGUUCCGUUUUGUUCAGGAGAGAGAACGAGAAAAAAGAACUGCAAAAUAGCAUUGACCAAUUAAAAAAUUGUAUCAAUUCCUUUCGGUAACAUAUGGUGAUGAGGAGAAUGACGGAAAUGUUUGAAUUUCUCUUUUCGGUUUUUAUGUUUGUUGUCUGUUAUUGAGGAUAGGUUGUUAAUUUUGGCAAGGUGAUCGUGGAUAAGUCGACCAAAAUGUAGUGAUUUACCUUCAAAUUUAAACGAUAUAUACUUGUAGUGUACAAAUUCAAUCGGUCAGUAAAGGAAUUGUGUAAAUCGUAUCACAAUACAUGGUAGUGUGUUUUCUUGUAAUCAUACUAAAUUCUCUUUAAUCAUUUUAAAAUCCAAAAAUGCGCAUGCUUUGUUGCAACAAUAACGCAUUGUGAAGAUAGCUACAAAUUAUGAAUGACAUAACGAAAUAUUGGUGUUUGGCAGUGUUGCCAUGUCCUUAGAAUAAAUCGUGAAGGAGCAUUUGAAGAGUACAGGGAAAAAACAAGGAAUGUUACUUGUUCAUGAAUUUUAGCUUUUCUUGUCAUGUGGUAGCAAAAACUGAGGACUAUUGACUGACUUAUCGAUUCAGGACAAUAACCAGGAAGGUCAGUCUAUAUAAAUUUUCUAAAAAUUUGUAUACCGGGAAAGAACGAGGAUUGUCCAUGCGCUACCGAACAAAAACAAGGCAUGUCAGCAGUAUCCCACGUACAGCUGCCGGUAAUGACGCGAUUAUUUCGUUUUUAGGUAGUAAAAGGGUUUGUGUUUUAAAGUGAGAAUACUUUGACAGUUUACCAUAUGAAUAAGAAUUGCUAAAAUUGUUUUUUAAUAUACGUUCAUAAUAAUAAAAUGACAUUUCUUGUUUUUCUAGAUCUUUUUUUAUCUCUGAAUUGAUAUUUAUGUAAAAAAUUGAGGUUUUGCUCAUGUUACCUAAAAAUUUUAUUAUAUCAGUAUUUAAGUAAUAUAAAAUUGAAUAAUGUCUAUGAAAAUGAAACAAAUCUGCUAAGUAGUUUUUACAUAUCACAAGAAUUAUUUAAACCUUUAUUGGUGUUUAUCGCAAUAUGUAUAAAAUGUGACAUUCCUUGUUUUUCCCCUGUACUCUUCAUGUGAUAUAAUAUUAUAUUAAUUUAUUAAAUAUGGAAAACAUAAAAUAGGUAAAAUAACGAAAAAAAAUUUUAAUGUUUUUUAAUUAUGUCGAAAUACUAAUAUUUCAGUAUAAAUAAUAAAGUUCUUGUGUUAGAUUUUAAUACUUAAAUAUUUUUAGUUUUUUAUUAUCUAUAUGAAAAUAAGUCACAUUCCUUUUGUAAUUAUUCAGUGUAACUUUUCAACCACCAGAUUGGCAGCUACCACGAAAAUAAAUACAAGAUUUUGAAAUUCACAUUUUAUAGAUUAAAUUAUUAAAUUGUCAAUGAGUUUAAUCUCUACAAUGCAAAUUUAAAAAAAAAUGUAAUUAGUUUAAUAAUGACUGCAGAUCUCAUGAUUGAAAACCAAAAUAAAUAUUUGACAUACAAUAUAAUAUUUAGAUACAUUCAUCCCAAAAUAAUAAAUAAAUGGUCAUAAAAUUGAUAUCUGUUCAACAUAAAUAUGUGACAAUCUGGCAACUUCAAAGGUUCUGCAAUUAAUAUUAAAACGAACAAAUAUUUUUAUUUGUUCGUGUUUUUUUUUAUUAAAAAUGGCAGAUUCCAUAAAAUACUAUAAUAAACAUGUACUUUUUCAAAGCUUUAUCUCUGUAUCUUUGAAGAAUGCAACACAUACAUUCUAACGACAUGGAAACACUACCAAACGCAAAUAUUUAUUUCUCUGAUUAUCAUUUGUAGCUAUCUUCAUCGGAACGUAUUCUGGAUAGUGUCCAAAAAUUCUAAUAACACUAUCAACUGCGAUAUUACCCUCAGUUGAACUCAAAGCUGGACCUACACUGUAGAAAAAUGGUACAUCGAUCAUUAUCACUGAAAGUUCUUUGCAGCGUUAACGGCAAAAUAAACAUUUUACUAAUUAUGUCUAACAUAAUAUCCUGGGGCCGGAUAGCUCGGACGGUAGGAUGUCUGACUUUCACGCAGAAGGCCGGGGAUCGAAUCCCAACGCCGAGGAAAACAUCCAGAUAUUUUUAAAAUAUCUACAGGCAUCAGCCUGAAUAAAAUGAGUAUUCUUUUUCUCAUAAACAUCUUUCAGUGCGUCAGUUUUUCGAUUUUGUAUGUGACAGAAAAAAGGCACGUCGUAAUCACAUUACAGACAUUUGUAACAUUUAUUCUAGUUGUCGAUAGAUGGUCGAAAAAAAAUUAUUUACUAAUUAUAUAAUAUAUCUACGAAUAUAAUCUGUACAAUUUAUAAGACUAUACAAAUCAAAGAAAAUACCAUUUUAUAAAUGCAAUAAACACAAUUUAUUUGUUUUUAUGCCAAAUUGCAAAUAAAAUGUGACAACUGUCAGAUUUAACUUUAAAAACUGAACUGUAACUAAAAUGUCAUGUUAGAAUAAAUGUUAUAAAUGUAUAUUAUCACGGACUUACCUUUUUUUUUCUCAUCAUUUGUGACGCACUGAAAAAUGCUCAUGAAAAGACGCAUACCUUGAGUAAAAUCAGGGGUAAUACUAGGCAGUUGAAGCAUAGCACUGGCCCUGUUACCUUCCUUGUGUACUGUAGGCCCAAGAGAUAGCAGACUAGCGUGCUGUAAUCCCAAAGCCGCGUUAGCGGUAUAGGACUGUUAUUAUAGGGAGACUAUUCAGCCCUGUGAUGUAACAAACCCGUUAUAAAUAACGUGUACACGUUAUGUUAACAUAACGUUUGAUUAUAACGUCCACGUUAUCCAGCAUGUUAUUUUCAAAACGUUAAAGUAUCUUCUUGCGCGACAAGAAUAACAGUAUACAGAAAUUGAAUAAGUUAGAGGAAGACAGACAUAAACAUGCAGCGCUGCAUGUUAUUUGAAACCAAGAUGUUAUUUGAAAUUCCCGGGCCUCGGUCCGUGAGGUGUUCUUUCUAUUGUGCAUUUUAUUUAAUUUUUGCUUGUCGUGUUGUUAUGUUAUAAAAUGGCUCAACAAGGAUUGAAAUAAACUACAAAACGGACAUUCAAAUGGAUUUACCCAAUCUGGCAAAACUGGUCUCUAUAGUCUGUAUAUUUUCAUCAUUUAGGUAUAUGAAUAAAAUGUUUUUGUUUACAAAUGACAUAACCUCAAAAAAUAAUACACAUCUCUAAAAAAUAACUUUAACAAACCUUCUAAUAGCAUCAUCUAAAUAUUUUAAUAACACGACGUUUACAAUCUAACAAAAUUCUGGACUAAAUUGACAAUUUUUUAUAGUUAUUGAUUCUUUAUACUACACGUUAUUUUAUAACAAGAGGUUAAAUAGGUCCCGUUAAAAUGAACCUGUUAUGUUACCAGAUAACGUUUUUGAGAAACGUUAUUUGUCAUACAUCACAUCAAUUUGUAGAAUUUAACGUAAAUGCAGGAUAACGUGCACGUUAUUUGUAACGUGUUUGAUACAUCAAAGGGGUGAUUAUUAUGUCGAACAUUUCAACACUUCCAGCACAAUGAACGAUUUAUGCAGCUCGAGACUCAUAUUUUUAUUCUGUUCCCGAGAAUAACAAGGUUCUUUGCUAGAGGCGCAUAACUCCGAUCGGGGACAGUGACCCGCUGAUUUUCAAUACGGUAUAUUUUUGCCGGUCCUGGAUAACAACUCUCGAAAAAAGUCAGCAGCGAACCGUUAUUUAUGUAUUUGUGUUUGUAUUAAUAUGUAUGUAUAACAUUUUAAAGAAGAUAAUGCAGGAGUGUCUUGCGGCGCAUCUGUUUUCUCUUGAUAGCAUCCGACGAUUUCUUAGUGCAGUUAUGCCGCUGCCCUGAACAUAUUUUAACCAUAGUGUUCUUUUUCGUACUUAUACAAAUUGUUAAUAUUUACUGUACUGUACUUCUUGUUUUUUAUAUUUAAAAAUAUUUAUACUUUUAUAUCUAUUUGUCAAUUAAAAUGUCUAAUAAUCUGUAUAUAUGUAAAUUGUAAUUUAACACUGAGACAAUUCGAGUAAAAAAAUAUGUAUUCACGUGAGUAACGAUACCUAUACAGGCUGUUUAGUGUUAGAUAUAGCCAAUUGAAGGAAACGCUGAAAUAGGCAACACUGCUUAUGAGAAUGAGUUGAAUUGCCACUGUAGAAUGACGAAUGAGAGAAUGAAUUUGCGCAAAUUCGUGCGAAGGGAAGCGGGGAAGCAGUGUUGCCAUGUAUAGGGUGUACUAGUAUAUCUAAUUUAACAGUAAACAGUCUGUAUAUACAAAAUAUUAACCAUAUGAUAUUUACUACAGGAAACUAAUCCAAAAGUCUAUUCCCCAAAGUAAAUAAUUUAGUGCAAAUUUAAACCGAAGUAAAAUCUUUCAGUGAUUAUAUUUUUUGGGCAUAAACUCUUUCGGCAAGGUAAUUCUUUAAUUACAUUGGUAGCAUCAAUUAUUAUCAUAGAACAUACUCCAAAGUUGUGUUAAACAUAUGCUCUUGAUAAAGUAUUCCACUUGUCAUUGUCUUUAGUUCACAUUAUAUUAAUUCGUCGCCUCAGUACUAUAACUUGAUAACUCCAAAAUUUACGUUUUUGAGAUAACUAGUUCACAAGAUGUAUUUUAUUUGCCUCCAUAUUGUCUAAAAACUUGAUAACUCGCUCCAAACGGGUUAAGUAUUUAUUUAUGAUUGACGAAAGUUGAUAAAUUUAAAUGCCCCUAAUAUUCAGUGCUAAAACUUGACAAGAUAACUUAUCAAGCUAUUAUUUAAUCGAAAUAAUCGUGAAUACGACAUACACUGCAUGCUAUAACUAGAUAUCUCGAGUUAUCUAGUUGUAGCACGUGUUUUUCUGAAACCAUUGAGCUUACCACAUAAUUGCUAUCUCUUUAUUCGGUUCAUUUUAAUGCAAGAAUUCGAGAAUUGUUAGCAGAUCUGGCAACCCCAUGGCAGAGGGCUAAUUUUCAACAAAAUAAUGUUUAAAAUAUUAGUUGUGUUAAAAAGUUCACUGAUAUGCAACGUGGCACAACAUGCUACAUUACCAAAUGUUAACAUUAUGGUAGUGCUAAAAGUUGAUAACUUUAAUUUUUCAUGGUUUUUUCCAUAUUGGAAAACAAAUUUGCACCGUAUUCCUAAAUAGAUCAGUUACCAAAAAGUUAAGGAACAGUAUUUUAGAGCCUCAGAGUGAAUUCCGUAUUUACCAACAUCAUGGUAGCCGCACAAAUAUCUUUAAACUCGUUUAUCUCAAAACUACUAAUUUCGAGUUAUCAAGUUAUAGUAUUAAGGCGACGAAUUAUUAUCCUCGAUUAUCUUUUCUUCCUUGUAAUUUUGUUAUUUUCUCGCGUAGUUAUAUGUUAUUCUCCUGAUCGUCGUCUUCAUUUCAUCAUUAGACACUGGUAGUCUGAACAGAAAGAGCGAUGAUAAGGGAAUAAGACCUUCAGCUUUAAGAAUGUAAGUUCGAGAGCGUCAAAUCUGGUUAGUAGCUUGGAUAUGUUCCAUCACUUUAAGUCCGGUUCUAUUAAUUUAUCAAUUGCCAAAACACAUUUUUGUGACAGCUACAUUGUCCUGGUGGAAAAGGUUUUUUUCCUUUAAGCCGGGCCUGUCUUCAGGAAUAUGUACCUAAUGCAUAGUUUGAUUAGAAGUUGAGACACGUACAUUUUAUCCCAAAACAACGAUGCCAUGACCUUCCCAAUGAUGCAUCACUUUCUUUGGAACUGAAGAACUGGCUUCUAUUCACUUAAACAGCAAUUGCACACACGUUUAUAUGUCAAUAUUCAAAAACUUGUGCACUUGUGUAGACAGUUUUCUGGCGUGGUUUCAUUUUUUACGUAGAUCACCUUUGACCGCUUCACGACUACUUUUAAACCUUUUUUACCAUGCACAACACUGCUACUGCCACUGUGUCUAGUAACACAUGCAUCGUCAUAAGGGGAAAAAUAUGCGCGUAGUGUUACGAUUUAUUGAUGAGCAGUAAAUUCGAGAUCGAGAACUUAUCACACCGCUUUAGUAAAUGACCCUUGUGUAUACUCAUAACAUCGCUGGUUUCUUUUUUUUUUUCUUGAUAAUUUGCCAUUUUAGUGGGUGAUAUUCUCGUCAAACCAAUAAUGUAAUUUUAAACGAGUUACAUCACAUACUUUUAAGAAACCUACAUACUCAUAUUUAAGAAACAAAUACUGAAAUGUUUUGUUUUUAGCUUCUCUAUUUAUUAUCAUGCUAACCCUAAAUAUAUCUGAAGUCGACUUCAACUGUUUCUACCCACUCAAAAUCCCUAGAAAUAGGGAUUUGAAAAAGAAAAAAAUGGAAUAAUUAUGCUUGUAAGGUUUUAAAUUUACACUUCUCCAAGAAAUUAAAGCACCACCUUAAAAAUUUAUCAUAUUUAAUGACUCGAAUUUCCUAAACCUGUUGCCCGAUUUAAGUGAUUUUUUUAACUUGUUAUAGCCUUAUUCGUUAACAAUAUCGCUGUAAUAAUAUUGCUGUUAUUGAGAAAUUCACACCGAGAAUGCAGUACGACUAAGAUAGGGCAAUUCAUUUCUAGUGGGGGAAUAAACGCAUAGGGUUGUCGGUCUUCACCAGUUGUUGAUUGCUCUCUCAAGAGCGUCGCACCGGAACUGUGGCAACAGUGAAUGAGCAUUCCUAUCUUAACCGUACUGCAGUCCCAGUGUGAAUUUCACGUUAGACAGAUAAAUUGUAUACCGGGCAUACCAAUCAAACUGCGAUUUUUUCUCAAAGUCUGCGUCGCCCUGUUUAAUAUUCUAGCAUUUAUAAAAUACUGAAAUUAAAACCCAAGUAUAGCCUCAUAUUUCCUUACAUUCUGUUUUUUUAUUCAUUCGCUUAUGUUGGAUGAUAAAAAGUUAGGUACUUUAACAACUAGCCUUGCUUUUCAUCAAUGCAGGGUGUUUUUUUUAAAUAAGUAUGGCAAACUUUAAGGGGUAAUUCUGCAUGAAAAACUAAUGACAAUUUGCUUUAUAAACGUAUGUCUGCAAAUUCCGAGAUAGGGGGUGUUGAAAUUUUUCUUACAAACUGACGAUUUAUUUAUUGCUCUAAACCGAUUGAGAUAUGCCAAUGAAAUUUGGUAGGUUUUAAGAGGUAGUUAUUGUGCAUUUUUGACAUACAAUUGGGAAUUUUAUGUUCACCAUUGGCUCACAUAGGCGUCAUAUUACCCGUGUGAGCGCCAAUGGUGAAUAUUAAAUUCCUAAUUGUAUAUCGAAAAAUGCGCAAUAACUACCUCUUAAAACCCACCAAAUUUCAUUUGGUGGCAUAUCUCGACCGGUUUUAGAGCAAUAAAUAAAUCGUCAGGUUGUAAGAAAAAUUUCAACACCCUCUAUCUCGGAAACGAAGCAUUUGCGAACAUACGUUUAUAAAGCAAACUUUCAUUAUUUUUCAUGCAGAAUUACCCCUUAUUUGUUUGCCAUACUUAUUUAAGAACACCCUGUAUUGACGAAAAACAAGGCUAGUUGUUAAAGCACCUAACUUUUUUAUUAUCCAACAUAAGCGAAUGAAUAAAAAAACAGAAUGUUACGAAAACAUGAGGCUAUAGUUGGGUUUUAAUUUCAGUAUUUUAUAAAUGCUAGAGUAGUCCACAGGGUCACGCGAACUUUGAGAAAAAAUCACAGUUUAAAAUAAGGCUAUAUCAUAUUAAAAAAAAUCACUUAAAUCGGAUAACAGGUUUAGAAAAUUCGAGACAUCAAAAAUGACCAAUUUUUAAGGUGGUGCCGGUGGUGCGUUAAGUGCUUGGAGAAGUGUAUUUAUGUGUUAUUUAAUUGGACAAAAGAAAAAAAUGUAAAAAUUCUCGAACUGUCUCAAAAAUUUGGUCGACUUUCCAUUUCGGCGAUAAGAAUUACGAACUGAAGAAUGUUAAACUAUAAAAGAUAUAGCUGUGAUGGAAGAAGGUGGGUUUAUAAUUUUAUUUUGUUAUAGUAUUAUGUAUUUGAUGCUUCCGAUUGAAUGAUUUUGAUGUUAGUACAAGAGCAAGUCAUCAAAAUGCAACUAUUCUAGCAAUGAUGCGUUAUUUCUCAAUUAUUAUUAAUAAUUUUUCAGCCAAUUGACUGAAGUCAGUAAUUUUGUAAAUUUUUUAUUAAUUUAUAUCCUAGACAAAAUUAAGAAUAGUUCAAUUCUAUUAAUCAAUCUGAAAAAGUGAUGUUCUAGUAGAGAAGUGAAGUUAACAAUAUGAAAAAAUAAUAACAUCCAAAUAAUAUAGUUUUCUACGUAAAACUUAAAUCGAAAAAUACUUACCUAAACACAUUUAAAUCAUCACAUUUAAAAAUCACGCGAAUUCAACAAAUUUCAAGAAUUAGUAAGGAAAAUAACAACAAUGACUGCAACACUGUAGAUUAUAGAAAAACAAAGGCAAAAAUAGUAAGCGAACCAACAAAGUGCAACAUUGUGGUGGAAAAUAAAGUAAAGAUAUAGUUUAGUAGAGUUUCAGAAUUGUAAGCAAAAAAUUCCUGUCAAAAUGGAUGUGUUAAAAGUGUUGUUGACAGGUUAUUAUACACGAUGUAUUCCUUGAAGUUAAUAUCUAUUGAAAAUAUUUAAAAGUACGAUCGUAUUCUUUCUAUAAAAGUUUUUUACUUUCUAUAAAUGUUGCGUGCACCCUUAUUUUUUUGACAAGUAGAAAAAAUAACGGAUAGAUAUUACCAUAAGAUAUGCAAGCGAUAUAACAUUUAUUGGUAUCAUUCAGAUGCUAUCAUUCAUUCUAGGGUCUCUCUUGUCUUUUAAGUAAAACAAUGUGCUUAAGAUUGUUUCCAUAAUUCAGACGUGAUAUCAUCAAAUGGUAUGAGAACCAGUUAACAAUGUUACUUGUUCUUCUUAUGGCCCCGUGUACCUAUAGGGGUCGGCAUAAGUCAGGCAACAAAUUUGCUUUAAGAGUAAAAACGCAGCGUCAAAAUGAAUUUAUUCAAAGAAAUUACAAAAGGGAUUAGAAAGAGAGUUACUGUAAGUGUUCAAAAUGAUGCCAAUCUUGAUCAAUGCAGUUACUGCAACGGAGAGGCAGGUCUGGCGAAGCACGUCAAGCUGUGCGCGAAGAUUUUCAAAUUCUUCUUCAAUUGCAGUUCGGGGGUCGGGAAAGGUGCGUGGUUCUCUUAGAACAUAGGGUGUCAGACGUACAAAAAUACGAUGUAACAAAAAAAACUCUUUCUUGAAGCGUGAACUUGUAUCGGUUUUCAUUCUGAAAAGGCGUCUACUUGACGAACGCGUGCUAUCAUGACAUCGACACAACUGUCUGAAGCACGAACAUGUUUCGUUUUAAUAUUUUUCGACAGCGUUGCCAGGCUUAUGAGCAUUGCCCGACUUAUGUCGAUUUUUCGAGGGCUUUGCCUGACUUAUGCCGACCCCCGUACAGUGCGUUGACGAAUUAUCUUAAGGUCAGACGUCUGUCUUUUGCGGCAUGCAAAAGUUCGCCAGUGUUAUGUAUGCCUGUCCAGUUCUUUAUAUUUCGCAGUCACAUUUGUUUGCAACCUAUUCCUCUCUUGACCUCAAUCUUUCCUUGUAUGUUGUUCUGAAGCUAUUUUCUUGUGGCAUUUUUACAAUUUUAACUAUUUAUAAUGGGAAAUAAGCCACAAUAUUAUAAAAAAAAUGACUUUUAUUAACGUUUCGACACCCAAAUCGGGUGCCGUUGUCAAAAUACAAAAUACUACUAACAUAAACAAAAAUGUUGUUGCUUAGUAAAAAAAUUCUUCUAAUAAUUUAUUUAAUUUGACUCAUUUAUAUCGGCAAUUCAGAUACAUAUGAUACAUUUUAACUCAUAUUAUACGCAACUCAUAAAUAUUGGCAAUAUCAUUUUAAAGUCCUCUACGUUAAAAUGUAUCAUAUGUAUCUGAAUUGCCGAUAUAAAUGAGUCAAAUUAAAUAAAUUAUUAGAAGAAUUUUUUUACUAAGCAACAACAUUUUUGUUUAUGUUGUAUUUUGACAACGGCACCCGAUUUGGGCGUCGAAACGUUAAUAAAAGUCAUUUUUUUAAUAAUAUUGUGGCUUACUUUCCUUGUAUAUUUAGUUGAGGGAUUGCGUAUUUUUCCCUCUCAGGAUAUGGCCCAGGUAUCCAAUUUUUCGUGCCUUGAUCCAGUUGAGCAUAUCUAUAUCUCACAGUAUUUGCUCCUCUUAAGACUUCCACGUUUCUCACCCUAUCUGUCCAUGGUAUGCUGAACAUUCUUCGCAAGGUCCACAUUUCGAAGGCCUCCGACUUACUAAUGGAAGAUAUUAUCAAUGUCCAUGUCUACAUACCGUACAACAAUAUGGGCCAUAUCUACACUUAACCAUUCUGUAACGGAGAUUGAAGGAGAGCUUGCUGUUACAAAGUAGCGGUUUAAAUUUAAUAAAAGUUUGUCCUGCUUGUUCGUUACGGCAUUUUAUUUCUUGUUGAGGAUCCCAUUGGUUAUUUCACCAUCAUUCCAAAGUAUUUGAAUGUUUUGACUUUCUCGAUUGGGGCAUUAUGUACUUACAGUUGUACUCUUAAAAGUGCGCUCUUUCUUAUUGCUAUCCAUUUAGUUUUUCCAGCAUUUAUCUUUAAGCCAUCUGUUUUUCCUGCGAUAUUUAUUUUAUUUAGCAUCAACUGCAUAUCAUGUUCGUUAUCUGUGGUUAUUGCGGUGUCGUCGGCGUAACGAAUGUUAUUUAUCGGGUAUAUCCGUAUGUCACUAGACAGUUGUUAUCGGCGACGGCCAAAAUCUUCGACUGUGUGAAUUGUGUGAAUUCUGUCGACUAAUUUUCAUGAUCUGAUCGGAAAACCGGAAGAAUUUUUGAUGAUAAAAGCUCUUUCAACAGAGUUGAAAUAAUAUUCUUUCAUGACAAUAAUGAUUUUGUUGUUACAGUAACGGCAGAAAGAAAAACGUGUUUUCGGAAAUACCGUUUGCCUGUAUACCUGGCGUCUUCUGCGCAUAGAGGAGCGCAACAAUUAGGGGAGGGGCAAUUAAAUUAGGGGAGCGCAACAAUUUUAUUUCUAUAAAGGGGGGCGCAGGUACAAAAAGGUUGGAAACCACUGCAGUAAGUGUAAGACGUCUUCGACUUGGAUGCCAUCGAAAGCCUUUGUCAGGUCUAUAAAACACAUAUGUGCUGGUUUAUUGUACUGGAUGGCCUUUUCUGUAAUUUGUCUUAGUACAAAUACGGCGUCUACGCAGAAUCUUCCGGAUCUGAAUCCUUGUUCAUCUGAUCGAGUUGUUAGUUUAUUGAUUUUGUGGGUUAGGACUUUUGUGGUUAGCUUAAGUGCGGUUGUUCAGUAAUGUCCUUGUGUCCUUUCUUGAACAUUGGUAUCAUUAUGCUGUUUCUCCAUGCGUCUGGUAUCUUGCAGUGCAAUAUUAGUUUUUGUAUAAGUUUUGUCAUCUGUAGGGUUAUACUUUCUCCUCCGUAAUUCUGAAUCAAGUUAUUAUAUCUACACACACAUACAUCGACAAGUCCCGAAGCUGCAGUUAAAAGCAAUCGCUCAGUACGCGUUUGCAAACGCGAGCUGCACACACAUACAUCGACAAGUCCCGAAGCUGGAGUUAAAAGCAAUCGCUCAGUACGCGUUUGCAAACGCGAGCGAUCCAUCAAUUCUAAAUCACUCCGCGGCUGGCUUCGUCUCAGCCCAAUUGGUUUCUACUAGCUCAGUUCGCUAGCUUAAACCAGGGAGUCUCUUAGAUAAGUUCUCUGCAAGACUACUAACUGCUGCUCCUCGUUCGCUUACUUCUGUAUUAGUUCUUCCGGCCACCUCUCUGCCUUCGUUGCUUCGGAGUGGGAAGUAGAUCGAAUCUGCUUUGGCUUUACGUCGAAGAAUCGAACCGUGUGCGCCUUCGGUAUGCACAGAUUAUUACAACUUUGUGUUUUUUGUCUGUAGUGUAAAUCGAACCAAAUUAGGUUCUUCUACAAGCCAUGUAAAAAUCGAAUCUAGCACUUUUGUCCACAACACAUUUUGGAACUAUGCACUUUCGCGUGUUAUUAGAAGUUUGGUUGGAAAGAUUCAUAAACUCCACUUCUCGUCUAACGUCGGAGUUCAUCGCAAAUUUCUUUACGAUUGUCAAGUAUUCUUUAUCGUAAAACGAAAAGAUAUUGAAGUAGCUAUUAAUUAUACUUUGUAAAUUUUAUUUAACAAAAAUUUAACUCUUUACACUGAACAAAAAUCUUUGUGUUCACGAAAAUAUGUUAAGAAUUUUGUAUAUUUAUUAAUUCCGUUUUGGUUGCGAGCUCUUAUACUAUAAACCAAGAAUGCAAUGUGGUCUAAAAAGUCGAAUUUAACUUUUUAAGCUGUUGUUUAUUUUUAUUUUACGGGUGUUUUAGUUAAGCGAAGUGAAAGUGGUGUUCACUUAUUCUGUGAUAAUGAAAACUUAGUAAUUUUAACAUAAACACUGUUUCUAGCAUGACAAACUGAAUAAAAUUAAAACUAAAUAAAACGAACAA